AAGCGGUAAUUAUUCUUAAGGUGCCGAGGUGUCGUGAAGCAGGCCGCAAUGGAGUAUGCACACAAUCUGCUAGACGUGCUGCGGAUACUGCCUGUGGACGCGCGGGCGGCGGCCUUCGGCGAGUCGUUUUCGCGGAGGCUCGCUGGCUGCCGCCUCGCCUGCCGCGAUCUGCAGCAGCUUCAUGACAGCAGCAUCACGCAUGUGCGCCUGCAGCCUCCCGCAAAGCAGCAGCCCGGGCUCGCUUCGCCUCUUGCGAAGUUUGUUCGCUGCAGCCGGCUCGACGUGCACGGCGCCUGCUACAAUAUCGACCCAGUGAGCUGCACGCUAGCUGGCACCACACCUGCAGCCAGGGAGCGGAUAACGCACCUUGCUGUCAGCGGCCGGGUGUCCAAUAGGCUGGUCGGAGAGGCUGUGGCGGCGCAGCUCCCCUCAUUGGAGGUGCUGGAGCUGGUGUGUAGCGAGGGCUUCGGCGCCUGCAACCAGCAGGGCGGCAUCUGCCGCAUUCUCGGCGGCGGCCUGCCGAACCUGCAGCGGCUGACCCUGGCGCAAGCGACGGAGGCUGACCUGGCGGACUUGGGUGCUCUGGCUGCCUGCCCCCAGCUGCGAGAGCUCGCCCUCCCCACGCCGCUGACCGGUGACAACGCCAACCCCAUGCGCGCUGCGCUUGAAAGUCUUGCCCAGUUGCAGCGGCUGGAGCGCCUCAAGCUCGGCAUGAGCAUCUUUACAUGCUCCAGCGGUGCCCAGCAGCUGUUAACGUCACUGCUGGCCAGCCGCAGCCAUCGCCCGCCCCAGCUGCGCACCCUCAUGCUGGUAUGGAGCCAUAACGCGACACCGACGCUGGAGGUGGCCUUCGCGCCGAUGUCAGGCACCCGCGCGAAAGGGGCGAAGGCGGUGGGCUGGGGCAUGAGUUGCAUUCACCUGGGCUUUGGUUGGAUUCAGCGGGCUGAGUCAGUGUUUGUGCCGGCGCUUCUGGCAGCCGCGGACAGCCUGAAGCAGCUUACCAUCCCUCAGCUGAUCAUAAGGGAGCACUACUGGACGCUGGCACGUGGUGCUCUGGAGCCGCAGGCUGCCCUGCCGCGGCUACUGGCCCGCUGUGAGCGCGUGGAGGUGGACUACCUCCCUUCGGUUUGCGAUUCAGGCUUUCGCGACCACCACAGCCGGUCAGUCGAGCUGCUGUCGGCGGCUCGACUGAUGGGGUGGCCGCGUGUGCUGGAUCUGCGGCACGGCGCUUGGCUGUGCCGCGAUGCAUUGCUCGGCGUCACCGGCGUCACAGCAGAGGCGGCCGCGGCGGCUACAAGCACGGGCACUGCUGCACAGGGGCCGGAUGGGCGGGAGCUGGGGCUGAUGCCGCAGCAGCUUGGCCAGGGCAGCGGCACGGGGGAUGGGCACCGCAGCGGCGGCGUUGCUGCGAGCGUUGGUGGUGGCCGGCCGCCGCUGCACCUGGACACCGCUGGUCCGGGGGAAGUGCUGCGGGAGGUGGUGGAACGGCUGUGGGUGGGUGCGGUGCGCGCCAACGGUGUCGAGGAAUCGACGGGCGGUGGUGCCAAUGAUGUCGACAGCAGCUUUGCGUACGAGGGCGCGGCGAGCGGUAGCACCAUGAGCACAAGUGGCAGCGGUGGCACUGACAAUGUGGAGCCUCUGUCGCCAGGCCUGUUGCUUCUGCGCGGCAAGCUGCCGCCUGCCCCAAAACGCAGCAGCCUCCCGGGACAAACCAAGCGUGACGCGGACUGGGCGGGCUGGGUGGAGAACGCACUCAGCUCGUGCUUCGCCGCACCCAUGGCGUGGCGGCCGAGUUGGCAGCGCCUGCCUGACAACCUCCACAACUGCAUCCGUGACGGCACGCACGUCGUGGCGCCAGCGACAGGGUGGCUGCUGCUGGAAUGCCGCUCGCAGGCGGACGCGGAGUUGCUGGCCGCGCUGGCGUCUGCCUCUGGAGGCGCGACCCGCUUGUCGGCGGUUGCGGUUCCGCCGGAUGCUGGCCGAUCCUUCGUAAGCGUCCUCAAGUCGCAGGUUCUUCAGGUGCUAAUGGAGCUGUGGGCCCGGUCGGGAGCGCCCGGCGCCACUGGUGGAGGCGCAGCUGGCAGUGCGGGUGCCAGCGGCGGCGGCAGCGGCGGCGGCAGCACCACCUCCAGCACCAGCACGGGCCGAGCUCCGCUGCGUGGGACCAGCAGCCGGGUUAGCCGGGUGAGCGAGGGGGUGCUGGGCCGGCUGCAGCGGCUGGUGGAGCUGGACCACGGCGUGCGGGGGCUGUGGUCAGAGAUGCAGUGUCAGCGGCCCGUCAGGCUACGGUUGCGGCUAUGGCUGCAAAGUUGCGGCGUGCAUGUGCGCAGCGGAGGGGGCGAGCAAGGCCACGUGGAGGAGGAGAGCGCGGCGCCGCCCGAGAAGCAGCGCCGGCGCGCAGGUUGAGGCCGGCCGGUGUCUAUUUAGGGUCUUUGCUGGCGAGCAUAGCACAGCACAAUAUGUGGUAGGCCGCAGCAGUAAGGAGUGUUGCUUGACAGCGGGACGACGUGGCUGGACACAUUAUGGCGGGCCGUGCCUGUACGAAUUGAUCCCGGCUAU